CUAUCUCUUUGCUCGACCAAACACUCUCAAGGCAAGGAAAGAAGCUCUGAAAUCAUUGUCCUCCAUAGCCAAGGCCAGCUCAAACAAGAAAGGACCUCAUGGAAGAGGAAAAAGUUGCAAAAGUAGUGAAAAACCUUGAGAAUAAAGAAAUGGAAGGUAGACGUAUGCCAACAAGAAACAAUCCGAGGGGGCAAACACCGGUAGCUUCUAUUGGGGCUAGUCGGGCCGCAUCUCGAGGUUCAAGAGGUGGAAGAGGAAGCCGUGGAGGCCGUGGGAGUCAUGGGGGCCAUCGAGCCCAAGCGGUGAGCGACGGUCAUGUUAGCUCGGUGUAUGAUGAGCUAGAAUAUGUGCUUCAUUUUUAUAUUACUUUAUUACAAUGCUAUGUUUAUUAUUUGCUCAAUUGAGAGGUUUUAAUCUUACUUUUAUCCUAAAAAAUGACUUUUGCAAGUGAGGAUUUUAUUUGAGUGACUUGAGUACAUUUGGACCGAUUGUGAGUUUUUUCUAAAGGCUGUUGAGAAGUUGAAAGAGGAUUGCUCCUUUUAACUCACAUGACAUCAGCAAAGCAAAAAAAAAAGAAAGUUAAAACACAAUGGACCGCACCAGCAGCCCAACAACCAGAAAAAUAAGAAAAGAGAAAAGCCAAGUCAAGAAUAAGGGGAAGGGGCUGGAGCGAGUGGGUUUGUCCAAGUUCUAAACGGCUCCACAAAUUGCGGUGGAAGAAGACUCUUGGAACGGCACCGAAAACUUAGGAGGAAAAUUCUGGAAACGGCUGUAAUCCUGGGAUAUUAAAAAAAACGCAGCAGCAAGGGUUUAGUGGGGGGAUUCUGGCCGAAAAGCCAAGUGCCGAAGGAGGUGGGGGUUUGGACCUGCGUCUGGAAGAGAGAAGAGUUCCUUUCUGUAUUGCUGGCUUUCUCCCUCGUGGAAGCUAGCAAUUUAUUCAGAAUCUUUCCUCUAGAAAAUGACUCUGGUUUGAUUAAUUCUUCCUGUUCUAAAAUUCCAGUUUGCUUUAUUUUGUAAUUGUUUGCUGAUCAUUAAGAUGAUCAAGAAGAACUCUUUAGUUAUUGUUGUUUUACUCUCAACCAGUUUUAAUAUGAGUAGCUAAAUUCUUUAAGUCCGGAUUAUGAUGAAGUUGUUAUGAUUUAGUAUGAAUUGUGAUUAUAGUUAUG